UAUCUGAAGAUAAUAUAAAACUACUUUAAAGAAAAAUGGUUGCGGCUAAAGAAAUGGGUCAUAUUACCGUCCCCAAAUAUACAUCAGAUGCAUUUAAUAAUGUAGAAUAUGAAUUACGUAUUUCAUAUACUGUUGAAACCGAUAAACGAAUUAUGUCAUUUGUUGAUAUACUUUGGGGUAUGGAAGUAACUGGAGGAAUCGAUCAAUUCGAGCCUCUUACAAUUGUAAAUGUAACAAGAGCUGGUUUGGCACGUCGUGCUGGUAUGCGUGUUGGUGAUGUUAUUACUGCUAUCAAUGAUACACCUGCCGAAGAACUUACACUGAUGGAAGCACAAAGACUAAUAAGAGAAUCUGGAAAAUAUGUUAGAAUUUAUGUUCGAGGUGAUGUCGAUCGAGACAGUGAUGAUGAAUUAACUGUAGACUUUUGGUUCAAACCAAGAAAACCAUGGAGAAAAGACUUUGAACCAAUCAAUUGGGUAUUCCCAUGGAAUGAUAGAAGAAAACCAGUCUACAGAGAAUCAAAUUGCUUUAUGGUACCAAGUAAAGUUGAAGAAUUCGUAAGAUCAAAACGUAGUGCAACAUCAAAUGUUGUUAAAAAACAUCAAAGUUUAACACCCGGCAGAUCAGUGACACCAAUGUUCGCACAACCAUCUACCAAACCAACUACAUUAGCGCCAUAAAAAUAAUAGCUUUCUAAAUAUUAAUUCAUAAUGAGCAUCUCUAAAAAAUCAAAGAAAAAUUUAUUAAAGAAAUAAUGUUUCUUUUUGAAUUUUUUUUUCCAGUUUUUCGACUAAUUACAAUAGUCGAAAUAAAAUGUUUAAAAGACUUUUUCAAUUCCAUUUACAUUCUAAUUAGAUGUUAAGAAUAUUUAUAAAGAAUUAUUUUGAAUUAAAAAAUUUUCAAUAAAUUAUGGCUAUAAGAAUA